CGGACUCCAUCUCGCCCCGCGCCCGCAGCUAUCAAAAUGCAUCACCGCCUCCCCCCAGGCCUUCCGCUUUUCGGGACCCAACCCCUCACACACACCCGAGCCGAACCUUCUAGAAUCUUCCAUCCAUGGCCCCGCCCUCGUCCGUCUCCGAUCGCAUCGGCCCCGGAGCCAACGCCGGCGCGGGCGAGUCCUCCCUCCGCUUCCGCCGCGCCCCCGCUGCUGACGCCGACGCCGGCGAAUCCUCCGGCGGGUGGCGGGAGAAUGGCGUUGCUGGCGAGACGCAUCCCGCGACUACGAUUCCGCAGCAGGAGCAGCGCGAGAUGCUCUGCUACCGCGCGUCGGCGCCCGCGCACCGCCGCGUCAAGGAGAGCCCCCUCAGCUCCGACGCCAUCUUCCGGCAGAGCCAUGCAGGGCUUCUGAAUCUAUGUAUUGUUGUGCUGAUUGCAGUGAACAGCAGACUCAUUAUUGAGAAUCUAAUGAAGUAUGGCCUACUAAUAAGAGCUGGAUUUUGGUUUAGUGCAAGAUCUGUGGGAGAUUGGCCCCUUCUUAUGUGUUGCCUCACUUUACCAAUUUUCCCACUUGCUGCACUUGUGGCUGAGAAGCUGAUUCAAAGAAAGCUCAUUGGUGAACAUGUGGUUAUUCUUCUGUAUAUCAUCAUUACAACAUCUGUCAUUCUCUAUCCAGUUGUUGUCAUUCUGAAGUGUGACUCAGCUGUAUUAUCUGGAUUUGUGCUGAUGUUUCUUGCAAGCAUCAUGUGGUUGAAGCUUGUCUCUUAUGCUCAUACAAAUUACGAUAUAAGGGUAUUGUCGAGAAGUAUUGAAAAGGGUGCUACACAUGUCAAUUCUAUCGAUCCUGAGAAUAUUAAAGAUCCAACCUUUAAUAGUCUUGUGUACUUCAUGUUGGCCCCAACACUUUGUUACCAGCCAAGCUAUCCCCGAACUACAUUUAUUAGGAAGGGCUGGGUGAUCCGACAAAUUGUAAAGUGCCUGGUUUUUACAGGCUUGAUGGGUUUCAUAGUUGAGCAAUACAUAAAUCCAAUUGUGAAGAAUUCCAAGCAUCCACUGAAAGGGAAUUUCUUGAAUGCUAUAGAGAGAGUCUUGAAACUAUCAAUACCAACAUUAUAUGUAUGGCUUUGCAUGUUCUAUUGCUUUUUCCAUUUAUGGUUGAAUAUUCUUGCGGAACUCCUCCGUUUUGGUGAUCGUGAGUUCUAUAAGGACUGGUGGAAUGCUAAAACAGUUGAAGAGUACUGGAGAAUGUGGAACAUGCCUGUUCAUAAGUGGAUCAUACGGCAUAUAUAUUUUCCAUGCAUAAGGAAUGGCUUGUCAAAGGGUGUAGCUAUUCUAAUCUCAUUUCUGGUUUCAGCUGUAUUUCAUGAGAUAUGUAUUGCUGUGCCGUGCCACAUUUUCAAAUUCUGGGCAUUUUUCGGGAUCAUGUUUCAGAUACCCUUGAUAUUCUUGACGAGAUAUCUUCAGGACAAGUUCAAGAACAUAAUGGUGGGCAACAUGAUAUUUUGGUUCUUCUUCAGCAUACUUGGGCAACCGAUGUGUGUCCUUCUAUAUUACCAUGACGUCAUGAACAGGCAAGCCCAGGCAAAUAGAUAGCUCUGCUGAAACAUGUACACUGCAAUACAAAUGAUCAGAAGAAAUUCGACUCGACGGGAGGAAGCAAACUGCAUCCUUCCCAUUUCAACAUCAGCUGUCAGAUAGUCAGGCUUGCCAUGUUCCUAAUCCAUCCGACUGAUGCUGGUGUAGCAGAGUGUAAAGUAUUAAUGAUGUCUCAGUGAUGCAACUGAAGAUCAUCGGACGGUGUUUCUGCCAUAUGGGCACUGUACAUUUUUCAGUCUACUUGUCUGCAGUGCUGUGUGCAUAAUGUCGUGCUAGAUGUAAUAUGUAUGUAUCAUGAUACAUAACGUCUCAAGGUCCAAAUGAGCAAAAGGCUCACUUUGAGAGACAGGCAGAGGUACAUAGAACAGACAGUAAAACCUGAACUUAACUUUGUUUUGAGUUCUGAAUCGUUGUUUCAGAAAACUUCUUAUGAUAA